AUGCAGUCCGACACUCUGCUGCACAUCGCCAACUUCAGCACGCUGUUCAUGUGCAUGGUGCUAAAGUUCCCGCAGAUCUUCGUGUUAAUGAGAGCCAAGCGUUCAACAGGGAUCAGCCUCAACAGUCUGCUGCUGGAGCUCACUGGGUUCAUAGUUUUUGUAACGUACCAGAUGUACUACGACUACCCACCCCCAACAUACCUGGAAUAUCCCAUCCUCAUUGCUCAAGAUGUCAUCCUUCUGCUCCUGAUUCUUUACUACAACGGCAGCCUGCGGCAGAGCCUGGUGUACGCCUUGCUGUUGGUCGGAGGCUGGAGGCUCCUCACGGUGGAGAGGUGGAUCAUAGAUCUGGCCAUGAGCCUGUGCACAUUCAUCAGUGCAGCCAGUAAGUUGACCCAGCUGCAGUGCAUGUGGAGCUCCAAGGAUGCAGGACAGGUUAGCGCCCUCUCCUGGGGGAUGGCUACCUACACGUGUAUGGCGCGGAUUUACACCACCUCGGUGACGACCGGAGACAGGCAGGUUCUGGUGCGGUUUGUGGCAAUGACUCUGCUCAACUUCUGGGUGCUGCUCACUGUGAUCUAUUACCAACGAAGAAGCAGCAGCUCAAAGAAAGAUGACUAAGCUAGAGGUUUCUUCUUCAGCACUUACUGGGUCACCACAGGCACAAGAAAUACAGAAACAAUCUAAAGGUAACAGUUACUACCGUUAAAAAGAAAGUACACCCUGUUUCAUUUCUAGUUUUUACUUAUGAGGACUUAAAUGUUCUGAAAUUUGUUCAAGGUACUAAAGUAGUUUAAACACAACCUUGAAUGUAAAACAACAGAUGCAGCUGUUGGUGUCUUUAAUCCUAACAGCUUACUGUAAAAAACCUUAUUUGACUAAAGUUUACCUGCAGGAGGCCGCUGAGUUACUCUGAAUUAAUCAGAGAAUCAACAAACAGUAUCAGAAACACAAUGUGUUUAAACAGGCAAGCUUUAAAGAAACAACAACUUAGAUAUAAAAUGCUAAUUAAUUUUAUGUUUGAUUUUUCAGUAACUCAUGAAAGUAUUGAACUCCUAGUAGGAAGUUAUUUAUACAAAGAGGUAAGAAAUGGGUCUGUGAUGAGAUGAUUUGACCUGCAGCCAUUUCUACAUCUGAGCUCACUUUUGAAUAAUUUUGCAACCUAACCAAUUACAGAUCUUUUUUGUAUUAUUUGUAUAAAGAAUUGAAAGAGGGUGUAUUUUUUUUAAAUAAUUAUGUUUUACCAAACAUUCCAAUAACAAUGCUUUUCCCAGUAGUUUUUAAUACAUUUCUCCUGAAUCUACUUUUAUUUUUUAAAAUUCCAUUUUUAAACAGUGAGGAUUUUCUGUAAAAGAAUAUGACAGUUUGCAAAUAUCCAAAGUCUUCCAACUCAGGAUAAUAUAUACUGUGUUUUUAAUAACUUUUGUAUGUGAAUUUCUUUCUGUAACGCCUAAAUAAACCAAAACAUUUGACCUUUUUA